CGGUGACCAUCAUGCACCCGUCAGCCAGCACGGAAUCCUCUCAUCGUCUACCACGUCCCCCAUCUAGCGCGUCCCGACGUCAACCACCGAGCCGACCAACGUCGAGCCUAUCAACACGACCUCCUACUAGUGCAAGCACUGUCGUUCCGCGCCCUGCUUCCAGCGCGUCUGUUCGGCCCCAUUCUCGUCUCACGCAGCGUCCACAAUCACGACUUGCUCGUGCGAACCAUCAGCGGCUUACCGGGCUAUGUGAGGAUCUCGUACGAGGAAUCAUUGGCAAUACAGAUCAAGACGAGUUCAGGGAACAAGUCGCGUAUGCAACGCGCUCAUUGAGUGCCGAAGGCAUGACUCUCAAUAAAGUCGGUAUUGUUCUUGGUGAGACGGAAGUGGAUAGGAUGAUUCGUGGACAUAUCCAGAAAGCGCGAAUUCAGUCCCGAGACGCUCUUGCGGACGCUCUUCAAGCGUCACACAAGCUGCUGAAGGUGCAGAUAGAGAAGGAACAUGACUUGGAUCAAGAAAUAAAGUCUGUCCAUGUACCUGCACACCUUCAAUUACUGCUCGCUCUAGCUAGUCCACCCACUGAAGGAACCCUCGCUCAUGCGUCAGCAUACCUUACUUCACUAACGGAGACUCCAAAAGAGCCCGAAACUUUAACAUGGAAGAAAAUCCUCGAGGAAGAACCCUUUGAAGGCGAGCAUUGGGAAGGUGUUUACGGUUUGCCACCGGGUAGCAUCAAGAAUUGGCGUGAACCCGAUUCACAAAGCGAUGUUUCCUCGGUGUUGUCGCUGGACUCGGAAGACUUGGACCUCGAUGAUUCGUCAGAGUCGCUGCCUACUCCUCCUCGAUCGCCUUCUCCUUUGCCGACUGUUGAUAAGCCUACGCACCAUGUACGCGUGUCAAUAUCUCAUCGUAAAGAGGUGGAGGAUCUGCAGUCACGACAGUACUGGCGAACUGAGUGGAAGAUGCCAAUUGAAGGGACCAAAACAAGGUUUGAUAUAGGUGAUGCGAGUACUUUAGGGCCUACAUUACAGAAUGUCCUAGGCCGAGAUGGGCUAGGCCUACCGACAGAGUUAACGCAUAUUCAAGACCGAUAUAUCUAUGAGCAUGAUGCUAUACGAGAGAUCCUAUUUGCGUUGCAAGGUCGCAACAACAUAAUGCUUCAGUGGCGACAUGGAGAGUACCGAACAUCUGUUACUCCCCGGCUUCUCCACUUGUCUCUAGCAUCUCAGGCGUCGAUUUUAACGACUCUGGCGCGCCCAUGCACUGCUAUUCAGCAUCUUCGUGACUUCAUAAGUCAUGUCUUCCAGACACCUGGAGGUUCAAAGUCGAAAACACGAACGCUUGAAGCUUUCGCCGAUGCUUUGGAUUCAGAGAUACGCAUGUGGGAUGCUUGGUGCGCUAGCAAGGAAGAGGCGAUAUGCAAGGCAACGAACGGCGUGGGCUCUGAUGAUGGCUUGGUUGUAAGCUUGCUCUCCCUAGAAAUGCAAAUUCGAGACACAUUUGGCGGGUCGUUCUUCGUCUUGCUAGACGUAGUGCGAACGGUAUUUGGAGAUGACUAUUCCGCCAAGGCUUCACCGUCGACGGUAACAGCAUCAUUGUUGGACCAUCUCUUCGUAGCGAUACAGAAACACUUAGAGAGAGGUGAACGGAUAGCGGCCGGCGUGGUCAUGAGGGUGUUCAUCAGGAGUGCAGAGCCAUUAUGGGGAAUGGUGGGACGAUGGCUAAAGGAUGGCAUGGGCGUGGGCGAUGCCGAUGAUUUGGAUGAUGAAUUCUUCAUCGAAAGUAACGGGCUCGGAUCGGGAGCAUUUGGUGUAGGGCUGUUGGACCCGGAUUAUUGGGCUGAUGGGUAUACAUUGAGGUAUGAAGAUGAAGAAGACGGCAGUAGGAAAGGUAUACCAACGUUCUUCCGGCACAUUGCUGAGCCUGUUCUGAGAUCUGGUAAGGCUGUGGGGCUGUUGAAGGCCCUUGGUAUCAAUACAGCUCAGGAUCAAUCCGUUCAGUGGAAAUGGCGACCUCUUGCUGCACUUGUGGCAAAUGAGACAGGACAGGACGAAGCACAGGGACUAUUCUCAGUGUCCAUCGACAUCUUGUCCAGUCUUAUCCAUGAUGAGCUUGCGCCUUAUUGCUUUAUGACAGGAUCUUGGCUAUCCAACGCUGUAGUGGAGGAGUGCGAUCUUUGGAGACACUUGGGAACCAUCGAAAAUCUUUUUUUGAUGAUGAAAGGCGAUGCUAUGAGCCAUUUUUGUGAUGGACUUUACGCCAAGAUGGACACUCAACAGCAUUGGAAUGACUUCCACUUCCUCAAUGCUACCUUUAACGAUGUGGUAGAAGCUGGGACUCACGUUGGUGCGAAAGAGUGGGUUCAACUGUCACUGGUACGAUUUUCGUACCGUGGUAGCCGGGAAAAGGUUGCUGCAAAGACAGUAAGAGUCCUUGACGGUCUUCUCUUGGAAUACGCGGUGCCAUUCCCGUUGACGUACAUCUUCACGCCUAGAACCCUUCAGGUGUAUGGGGAAAUAUUCGUCUUUCUUUUGCAGAUCAAACGGGCAAAGAACGUGCUUGAGAGGAUUCUCGUGCGUGGCGAUGAUAGGAAAGUGGGGAAUGAGCUCAAGACUUUCUAUGCAAUACGAAGUCGACUGAGUUGGUUUGUGAACACCCUUCUCGAUUUCGUGACAACCUACGUCAUUCACGUUCAAAUUCUCAAGUUCCAUGAGGCAAUACGCGCUGCAAAAUCGAUGGACGAGAUGAUACGUUUACAUGACGAGCAUCUGGAUAAAUUGCAAGGGCGAUGCCUAUUGCAGGGCAAUACAACAGCACUUCAUCGCACGAUCAUAUCUAUAUUGGACAUGUCCCUACACUUCAGUGAUAUGUUUGUAGCCUUCGCAGGAGACACUACCACACAUGAUAUCUCACGACAUUCCCUUAUCACGAAGCGUCGACGAACACGAGGACAGAAGCGAGCACGCAGAGAUGUCAUCGGCUUUUCCCAGUUUAUGGAAGAUGAUAGUGACAGUUCUGAUUCUGACGAGGAAUUCGAGGCUUUCGUGGCACCAGAGUCAUCCUUUUCUAUGUCCUCAGAGCUGGAUGCCCUUGUGCGCUUUGUGCGAAGAGGAGCUGAGAGCCUUGCGGGAGGGACAGGAGAGGCUGCAGCCACGUUCGGUGUCAUCGCAUUCACUCUAGAAGACUGGGACAUCUAA